AUGGCGGGCGGAAAGGGAAAGUCUUCUGGUGGAAAGAGCUCCGGCGGCAAGACGAGUGCUGCCGAGGGCUCCAAGAAGCAGCAGAGCCACUCUGCGCGCGCCGGUCUUCAGUUCCCCUGUGGCCGUGUCAAGCGUUUCCUCAAGCAAAACACUCAGAACAAGAUGCGCGUGGGAGCAAAGGCUGCCGUGUACGUCACUGCUGUUCUCGAGUAUCUGACAGCUGAAGUCCUAGAGCUGGCAGGCAAUGCUGCCAAGGACCUCAAGGUCAAGCGUAUCACGCCCCGCCACCUCCAGCUUGCCAUCCGUGGUGACGAAGAGCUCGAUACCUUGAUCCGCGCGACGAUUGCAUACGGCGGUGUGUUGCCACACAUCAACCGCGCCCUCCUGCUCAAGGUGGAGCAGAAGAAGAAGGCCAAGGCGCUCGAGGGUUAA